GGCCUUUGUGCUGCAGCGGGGGUAGGAGGGCCAGAGGGCCAGGACAGUGCUGGGGUGGCCUUUUCCCUGCAGUAGGGUGGAGAGGGAUAUGAAAUGAAGACAUUUAGCAGGGCAGAGGUUGUGUUGUGUCUUAAUUCCUAAUAAGGCCAACAGGGAGGGAGGCUCAGCCACAUGCUUCCCCCCUGUUCAGGUCAGUUGUUCUUUUAGUUAAAGCUAGCAAGAUCCAGCAGGAAGCCCAUUGCCAAAUACAUGAGCUGCAGCUCUGGAGCAGCUGCUGCCCUUUGCCCUGCUGUCUGGAGAGCCAUGACUCAUCAGGGGGAUGGCCUGGAAAGUCUACACAGGGUUAUGUUGCCUUUCCCCUUUCACCUCCAUGGGGUGCGGGGAAGGUAGAAGUGCCAGCCUCAUGCAGCUUGAGGUGUGCGUGUGGGGGCGGGGGUGGGGGAGGUUGCUCCCUGUGCACUCUACCACCUUUAGCAUGGGGAAUGCGUCUUCCCCAAGGCUCAGCCUCUGAUUCCCCCAUACCCCUGUCUGCCUGGGAAUAUCUUUGCUAGGAACUUGCUCCCCAUACCCCCAAACCAGGGUGAGUGGGUGGGUCAGCAGGGUCUGUGUAUGUGUCUGAUUCCCACCUCCCUCAUUAUCCAGCUUGAGGGAGGCUGUGAAACUCUGGGUAUUCAAGGAUCUGCACUGUUGUGUCCCAUCUGCUAGGCUGGGGGAGCUGGAAGCAUGAAGCAGCCACUCAGCAAGUAGAGGGCUUUCUCCUAUGGUGGCAAGGAGCCUCUCCGGUCCAUCUGCUGCUGGCUGUUUCAAGACACCCCAGCAUCAUGUCUGCAAACAACCGGUAUCUUUCAGCCUUUGCUGACCCCUGGAUUCCUCCCUCCCGUUAAGUACCUCUGCGCUUCUCACCUCACUAGGGCCCUUUGCAUUAUUUCUUUGUCCUCUGGCAUUCACCACUCCUUCUGACUCAGUCUGUCUGAAUUGUACUGAUGUGCCCUUCCAACUGAAGUUAAAUAAAUCCAGUCAUAACCACGAUCUCUGUGCUCCCCACUAAACCGCCCCCAACUCAAUACAUUCCUUUUAUCUUUCUCCUUUUAGCCUGUUUUCAAUCCACACAGCAGUGUCUUUGUCCAAUGAAUUAAGUUUUCAAGUAAGAUUUUGUGAGCUACAGUUUCAGUCCCAAAUAUGUGAGCCCUACUGUACUCCAUCCAUCCACCAACAUUGUCACUCUGCCAGCGAGAGCCACCUGGGCUGGCAAGCAAGACUUAUUCUUCCUGACUGUCCCCAGGCUGCCUGUUGCUCAUGGCUCCAUUCUAGGUGUUAAUGUUGCGGGAUUUUUUUCUCCCCAUUUGUUAGGUUGUUUUGGUAGGGUUGGGUUAGAUGCAAGUCCUGUCUCUCUGUUCCUAGGAUCUGCAAUGAGAAGCGGGGGUGGGCAUUUUCCAGACUGGUCACGCAGUCAUCUGUUUUGAAUUUGAUAUGGCCAAGGGAGCCAUUUGUCAUGUUACCACAGCAACUCGCAGACUCCUUGACCCGUGCAGCUGGGAGGUGGGGCUUUGUGGUGGUACUGUCUGGGGUAAGACGCAUCUUUGUCAGAGGAUCUGCUUUGUGGCUCGCACAACCGAACUCUCUCAGCUCCUGGCACCCUGCUGAUGACAGCGUCCAACUGCUGCUCCACUGAUGUAUCAUGAGGGCAGCAAACAAGAGCCGGAAAAUGCAGAAUGGAAGCACAGAGGCGAAUGUGCUGCAGAGGGUCUUGCAGCUGCCAGUGGUGAACGCAACCUGCGAAAGCCUUCAGAGGACGUACACCAGCACCAAAGAGGUACACCCACUCGUGGCAUCAGUGUGUGAGGCCUAUGAGAGAGGAGUCAAGGGGGCCAGCUCACUGGCUGUGUGGAGCAUGGAGCCUGUGGUGCGCAGACUGGAGCCGCAGUUCACAGCUGCCAACAUCCUGGCCUGUAGGGGCUUGGAUCACCUGGAGGAGAAGAUCCCUGCCCUUCAGUACCCAGUGGAGAAAAUUGCAUCUGAAUUGAAGGGCUCCAUCUCCACCCCCAUUCAGAGUGCCAGGAGCACCAUUGGCAAUUCCAUAGCUGGCACCUUGGACAGGGUCUUGGGGCUGACUGCUGAGGGUUAUGAGCUGACCAAGAGCACAGUAAGAAACACAGCAGAAUACACCUGGAGCAGCCAGGUUAGCCAGAUGGCAGCUGCUGGGGUAGACGGAGCCCUGGGACAGCUAGAGAAGCUGGUGGAGUUUCUCCUGCCAGAAGAGGAGCAUGAGCCAGCUCAUGAGCCCACAAGGGUGCAUGGAUCUGAAGUGACGCCCUCCCAGCCACAGCCUGGCACCUUCACCAGGAUUGGUGCUUUGGCCAGUAUCAUCUCCCACCGUGCCUACCAGCAGACAGCCAAAACCAUCCAGCGCACUAGAGCCAGAGGGCAGGAGCUGACCAUAUGGAUUCCAGGCUUGGGUGCUGUGGCCAGGCAGAGCACAGCCAAGGCCCAGCAGGUCUUGUAUGAUGUGCAGAAUGCAGCAGCUGGUUGGCUGAGCAAGGAGCAAAGUAAGGAGCCAGAACAGGAGCAAGAGAAGGAGGAGCUGAAGAAAGAAGAAACCAAAGCAAGUGACAUGGCUGAGGAUGCCAAGACUCCAGGCCUCCUGGGCAGCCUGGCCCAGAGCCUACAAACUGCCUAUCUCUCCACCAUCUCCAACAUGAAGAGGGUCCCCUCUGCUGCCUGGGGGACAGCUGGGGAGCUGCUCCAACUCACCCCCCGCAAGGCAACUUCCAUAGCCAGAGAGAAGGUUGGCACUCUGGGGGAUGCCCUGCGCAGCGUUACUGGGAGCAUAGUGGAGACCCUUUCCCACUACGUGCCGCUCCCCAGGGUGCUGGCAAAGAAGGAGGAGUCGGCGCAUGAGAAGGAGCCUCCUCCUGAGUCACAACAAAGUCAGGAGGGCUCCAGGCCUGUGGCUCCCCCAUACCCGGAGAAAUCCCAGCUGCAAGGAGACUGGCAAGCCAACCGAGCUCACUAUCCCCUCUCCUUCCUGGGGCUGGAGGAUCCCUUCUUCCUGCAGCCGAGCUCCAUCCAGCGCCACGCUCCACAGCAGAGUCCAACCUUCGAGCCCGACUACCCCAUGUCCCGCAAAUCUGCCUUCCCCCCCUACAGGGAGAGGCUCAGCACCAGGAGGGUGAGCAAAAAUUCAUACCGCUACAGCCCGGAGCCUGUGUACACGAGGGCUAACUAUAGCAACCUCUACACCAUGGCCUUCAAGAAGGACUGAGUGGGGGCGGGGGCUGGAGCUCACUCCCUCCCUGCUUCACCCAUACCAGCCUGCACCUGCUGCCCUUAGCACCUCGUCGAGUAUCAUGCUUUGGUUUCAGUAUUAGGACCCUCAGGAGUUAAUCUCAAAGCAGUGCUCCCUCUGCACAGCCCCGGCACAGACAAAGGGAGAGGGAUGGGGACUUACCUUCACCUCUGGCACCAGAGUCAAGUGCAGCUUGAGGCCAGGAAUGAAAUGAGUUUGACGGUCCCAGCUCAUUCCCUUUUCCAGCGGGCUGUGUCGUUCAGGCUUGUUUCUGAGUGUCUGCCCGGAAAGGAGCUGGCACGGAGACCGAGACUGCCUUGAGGCCCUGCUUAGUGGGGAGGCCUGUCAUGCAGUAUUACCAUGGUCAUGGGGGUAAAACGAGGGUAGGGUUUGCAGUUUGUGUCACUGUCCAUCCCUCCAAGGUGACCCCACAGAGAAAGAAAUAGGAUUGUGCCCUGUUGGCUUCUUUCUGAAAUGAGGUCACAGAGGGUCCUCGGUCUCUAAUUCUGCUGGUAUUUUACAGCAGCCGUAUCAGGAAUGUCAGGUCUGGUCUGUGCUGGUUUUACCAGCAGAGCUCCUAGGGCUUUUGUAUUAUCCUUCUCAGCCCUCAGUUGAAGGGACAAAGUGCUGAAUCCUUAGCAAAGAUGGCCUUUCUCCACCAGGUUCACUGCUCCCUAUAGUUACAUGGCUUGCAAUAUGUGUCAUUCUGGGUUGCUUUUAUCCCCCACACUGCCUUGUGAGGCAGAUGGAAUUAGCAAGCCCUAGUAUGGGGUGGGGGGCAAUUUCACCCCUAUUGCCUGUGAUGGGUUGAAUGGCAGUGACACAGUAAGAGAGUGUUUCCUGAGUGGGAAUGUGAGGACUGGAAGCAGGAAAAUGAAGAAAGAAGCAGGCUCUAAUGUGAGGGAGCAGAGAGAGGAGAGGAGAAGGAGGGGGUAGAGG